AUGGCUCAGCAGCCGCUCUGGGAUGCAGAUCACGACAUCCACUUGCAUGAAGGACUGUCAGUGAGAGGGUCGUUUCCAUCCAACCGCAUUGCACAGAGGACUCAUUAUAUCGACUUUGAGGUGGAGCGGAACUUGGCGCUGCAGGAAGAAGCGACAGCCAUACCCUACGUGGGUAACCAUGGGAGUUACAGGGGUAGAGUUCCAGGGAUUCUGAGCAGCCCCGUGGGAGCGCUCGGUGGGUUCAAGGACGUUUGCGCACGGAGCGCUCCGUCCCAGUCACCGGGGCCGGUGGGAGUACAGCCUGCCUCCGCGACCGCAGCUCUUCCCGCGCGCCCCUCUCGGGCGUCGGCUCUCCGCUCCGGCGUCCUGGCUGCCGACGCUGUGGCCUGGCUGCUCCUCUGGGCGGCUGGGCUGGUCGGCAGGCUCGCCGCUGACAUCAGCGACGCCCCCUUCAGCUCGGGUAUAAGGGCCACUUGUUCUGAAAUCAUUUUGAGGCAAGAAUUCUUGAAAGAUGGUUUCCACAGAGACCUUUUAAUAAAAGUGAAAUUUGGAGAAAGCAUUGAGGACUUACAGACUUGCCGGCUCUUGAUUAAACAUCACAUCCCAGCAGGACUUUUUGUGGAUCCAUAUGAGCUGGCUUCAUUACGAGAGAGAAACAUAACAGAGGCAGUGAUGCUAUCAGAAAGUUUUAAUAUAGAAGCUCCCAACUAUUUGUCCAAAGAGUCUGCGGUCCUCAUUUACGCACGACAAGACGCACAGUGCAUCGACUGUUUCCAGGCCUCUUUGCCUGUGCACUAUCGCUAUCACCGGCCCCAUAGGAAGGAUGGAGACACCCUGAUUGUGAUCAACAACCCAGACCUACUGAUGUACUGUGACCAAGAGUUCCCUGUUUUGAAAUGCUGGGGUCAGUCAGAAGUAGCAGCUCCUUGUGCUUUGAACAGUGAGGAGAUGUGCCGGUGGAAGAACAUGCAGUAUAAAUCAAUCCGUAAGAAUGUGACCCUCCAAGUUCCAGUGGGACUGACGAUCCACACCUCUUUGGUGUGCUCUGUGACUCUGCUCAUCACCAUCUUGUGCUCUUCUUUGAUCCUUGUAGCUGUUUUCAAAUACGGCCACUUUUCCCUGUGAGUUUUAGACAGGUAGAUGUUUUCUAUGAACCUAAUAAACGGGACCGAUUCACUUGUGACAA